AUGAAGCUCUUCAUACACUACUUUCCUCUUUUGUUGCUUCCUUGCCUCACAGCAGGCCAGCUGAUUGGUCCUGUCGGGCCAACUACGAGCCUCAGUGACAAGACCAUAGAGUGCAACAUUCUUGACUAUGGAGGCGUCGCCGAUAACAGCACGGACGUGGCGACUGCAAUUGAAAAAACAUUCACAGAAUGUGUUCAGGCACAUCCUGGAAGCAGGCUGAUAGUUCCAGAAGGAGAAUACCUGGUCAAUCGCUCGAUCGUUCUUAGCAAUGCAACCAAUUGGGCAUUUCAGCUUGAUGGGCUCAUCACUGCUGCAUAUGGAGGAAAUUGGACAGUUGACCGUGAGUUGAUUCUCCAAGGAUUCGCUGGAGUUGAAAACUUGAAUUCUACAAUCAACGGAGAAGGUGACGGUGAAUUUUUACUAGACGUUCUUGUGAUCAUCAAUGCUGUGGACUUUGAAUUUUAUUCCGAAAAUGGCCGAGGAGCGUUCCAAGGUCAAGGCUAUAUCUAUCGCAUCCUUGACAACACUGAUCGGCCACGUCUCGUGAGAUUGAUUUCACCAACAAAUGCAUCAGUCCAUGAUUUGAUCCUUGUGGAUAGUCCGAAAUUCCAUAUCGUCUUGGAUUUUGCCGUCAAUGUGGAGACUUAUCAUCUCACAAUUCGUGGAGCUAAUCUUGGAAGCUAUGAUGGCAUUGAUGCUAUUGGAACGAAUUACUAUAUCCACGACAACGAGGUGACGAACAGGGAUGAGUGUGUCUCCGUCAAGAGUCCUUCUCACCAUGCUCUGGUCGAGAAUCUCAUUUGCAACCAAGCUGGCUCAGGUGUCUCAAUCGGUAGCCUCAACGUAUCUGCUGAGAUCUCCAAUAUUGAAGCCCGGAACAUCAGUAUCAUCCAGGGGAAUGAGAUCGCAUUCAUCAAGACCUACCCAGGAGGAUCGGGAUACGUGACAAAUGUUACAUUUGCCAACUUCCGAUCUCUUAGCAGUCUUUAUGGUUUGAAUCUAGAUCAAUACUGGCAAAACACAUUUACCCCCGACACUGGGUCUGUUGCUUUGAGCAACAUAGCUUUCCGCAACUUUUCUGGUUCCAUUGCGGAUGGAGCGGAGCGUCCCCCGCUCUACCUGCUUGCGAAUGACCUGACCUUUGCGACGAAUAUUACUUUGGAAGAUUUCUCUGUCUGGACUGAGAGUGGUACAUAUGUUGUUAACAAGAUCAAUAACGUUUUCGGUACAGGAGAUGAUAGCUAUGGCACAAAUGAUGGAAUCGUCUCACUUGCAUCCGGAGAGUCACCUUAUACCUAUACGUCAACCUACACAGUGACCGCAUCGCCUACAAAUUGGCAGGCGCCAACUUCGCCAAGCUGGGCUCUUCCUAGUACUGGAUAUGGAACGGCAUCGCCCAUACCAGUUUACAGCCCUGCGCCUUUGUGGCGACCUGGAGGUGUGGAUUACGAUCUGCACUACUGGGGUGCUUUUUAA